AUGAGUAAAGAAGACGACCCAACUCACAGCGAGUCAAGACCAAACGAUCUCACACGCGAACCAACACGCGAAGAAAAAACGCGCGAGGCAAUUGACGAGGGCCACGAUGCCGACAUCCCUAGCAACAUCGGCUUCGUACCAACCCCAGGGGACGAGCACAGACGAAGACAAAGUCUCGCUAGCCAAAGACGUAUCAGCCAUGCAAGAGAGAGAGGGUCACUGGAUCAUGAAAAACACAGUAAAGAAGAUGCGUCAAUGAGAGAUGAAGAGGAGGGCUCGCAGACACAGAGUGAGAGCGACGUAGUGUGGUGGGAUGGGGAUAAAGAUCGACAGAAUCCGUAUAACUUCGCGUCUUGGAAAAAGGUUCUCAACUGCACGCUCGUGAGUGCUUUGACAUUCAUCACGCCAUUAGCAUCGUCUAUGUUUGCUCCCGGUGUCCCUCAGCUUAUGGUUGAGUUCAAUAGCCAAAGUCCUGAACUAGCAUCCUUCUGCGUAUCCGUCUACGUUCUGGGCUUCGCCGCAGGUCCCAUGCUCUUCGCUCCUCUAUCCGAGUUAUACGGCCGUCAGAUAGUCUACCACUGCUGCAAUGUGGGCUUCAUUGUCUUCGUCAUCGCGUGUGCGAAAGCUCCUUCGUUGAGCAGUCUGAUCGCGUUCCGCUUCCUGAGCGGCACAUUCGGCUCCGCCCCUAUUACGAACGGCGGCGGUACAAUCGCCGACAUGAUAGUCCAAGAGAAACGCGGUGCAGCCAUGGCAGCAUUCACUAUCGGCCCUCUGCUUGGCCCUAUUAUUGGUCCUGUUGUGGGAGGUGUUGUGACUGAUGCCCUCGGCUGGCGGUGGGUAUUCUGGAUCAUCGCCAUCAUGGCUGGCGUUUUGUCAAUCGUCUUCUUCUUUGCUUCUGAAGAGACAUACGCGCCUGUUAUUCUAGCACGAAAGACGAAAAAACUCCAAAAAGAGACCGGAAAUCCAAAUCUGCGAUCCAAACUUGAUGCUGGUCUAAGUCCAGCAGAUUAUUUCAAGCGUGGUAUUCUGCGCCCAUUCAAAAUGCUGGCUUUCUCACCCAUCUGCAUCAUCUGCGGUUUGUACGUCGGUCUCGCUUACGCAUAUCUCUAUCUCCUCUUCACCAGCCUCACGCCCCUUUUCAUGCGGAUAUACCACUUCAACACCGUACACGCAGGGCUCACGUUCCUCGGUCUUGGUGUCGGUAGUAUGCUUGGUGUGGCGUACUUCUCCUACUCGAGUGACAAGUACAUGAAAAAGAAGGCUGCUGCUGCUAAGGAGCAGGGUGUUGUUGAUCCUGCUGAGUCUAUGAAGCCCGAACAUCGUCUUCCUCCACUCAAGACCGGAGCUAUCCUGCUUCCAGCUGGAUUGUUUAUCUAUGGCUGGACUGCCGAGUAUGAGACGCACUGGAUUGUACCUAUCAUUGGAACAGCUAUUAUUGGCGUAGGAAACCUGUUGAUCUUUAUGUCUUUGCAGAUGUAUCUCAUCGAUAGUUUCACCGUCUAUGCCGCCUCGGCUCUCGCCGCCAACGCUGUGAUGCGAUCCAUUGCCGGAGCGGUGCUUCCUCUCGCUGGCCUGCCCAUGUACAAUAAGCUUGGAAUGGGGUGGGGGAACAGUCUUCUUGGGUUCAUUGCUGCUGCAUUAAUUCCUGCACCAUGGCUAUUCAUCAAGUAUGGAGAGCAUUUGAGGAAGAAGUUCGAGAUUAAAGAUUUGUAG